AUGCUGGCGGCACGGACGGGCACCAUGGGCAACAAAAACGCCGAGGAGAGCCUGAAGCUGAGGAAGCAGUCGGUGCUUUCCCUGGGGAGCAGGGAGAGAGCCCUGAAGACCACCUCGGAGAGCGGGAAGGAGAGCAGAGGCCGCGGCGGGCAGCCCCAGCAGCGUGCCCGGCGCCUGGCGCUGCUGCGGGAGCUGGAGAUGAAUUGGUACCUGCGGGUGUGUGAACUCUCCCACGAGUACACCAUCGCCUACACCACCGGCAUGCCCCACAGGAACCUUGGGAAAUCUGGGCUGAGAGUCUCGUGCCUGGGGCUGGGCACAUGGGUCACCUUUGGAGGGCAGAUCUCCGAUGAGGUGGCUGAGCAGCUGAUGACCAUCGCCUACGAGAGCGGCGUCAACCUCUUCGACACGGCCGAGGUCUACGCAGCUGGCAAGGCUGAGGUCAUCUUGGGGAACAUCCUGAAGAAGAAGGGCUGGAGGAGGUCCAGCCUGGUGAUAACCACAAAGCUCUACUGGGGUGGAAAAGCUGAGACAGAAAGAGGACUCUCCAGAAAACACAUCAUUGAAGGGCUGAAGGCUUCCCUGCAGAGGCUGCAGCUGGAGUAUGUGGAUGUGGUGUUCGCCAACCGCCCGGACAACAACACCCCCAUGGAAGAGAUUGUCAGGGCCAUGACACACGUCAUCAACCAGGGCAUGGCCAUGUACUGGGGCACAUCACGCUGGAGCGCCAUGGAGAUCAUGGAAGCCUACUCUGUAGCCAGGCAGUUCAACAUGAUCCCCCCUGUGUGUGAGCAAGCUGAGUACCAUCUCUUCCAGAGGGAGAAGGUGGAGGUUCAGCUGCCUGAGUUAUACCAUAAAAUAGGAGUUGGAGCCAUGACGUGGUCUCCACUGGCUUGUGGGAUCAUCUCAGGGAAAUAUGGCAAUGGGGUCCCAGAAAGCUCAAGGGCUGCACUAAAGUGCUACCAGUGGCUGAAGGAGAAGAUCAUCAGCGAGGAGGGCAGGAAGCAGCAGGGAAAGCUGAAGGAUCUGUCGCCCAUCGCCGAGCGCCUGGGCUGCACCCUGCCCCAGCUGGCCGUGGCAUGGUGCCUGAGGAAUGAAGGGGUCAGCUCUGUCCUCCUGGGAUCUUCCAACCCAGAGCAGCUGAUAGAGAACCUCGGAGCCAUACAGGUCCUCCCAAAGAUGACCUCACACAUUGUCAAUGAGAUAGACACCAUCCUGGGGAACAAGCCCUACAGCAAGAAGGACUACAGGUCCUAA